GACUAAGUUGUUCUUCCGGGGUGAGUGCCUCUUCCAGGGCGAGCGGUGUGGUGCACGCAUUGCUGUGUUCUAACUCCCUCAGGGGCUGUGUUGUCGCACUUUCUGCUGCUAUGAGCUUCCUCAAAAGUUUCCCGCCGCCUGGGCCGGCGGAGGGGCUCCUGCGGCAACAACCAGACACCGAGGCUGUGCUGAACGGGAAGGGCCUCGGCACUGGUACCCUUUACAUCGCUGAGAGCCGCCUGUCUUGGUUAGAUGGUUCUGGAUUAGGAUUCUCACUGGAAUACCCCACUAUUAGUUUACAUGCAUUAUCCAGGGACCGAAGUGACUGUCUAGGAGAGCAUUUGUAUGUUAUGGUGAAUGCCAAAUUUGAAGAAGAAUCAAAAGAACCUGUUGCUGAUGAAGAAGAGGAAGACAGUGAUGAUGAUGUUGAACCUAUUACUGAAUUUAGAUUUGUGCCUAGUGAUAAAUCAGCAUUGGAGGCAAUGUUCACUGCAAUGUGCGAGUGCCAGGCCUUGCAUCCAGAUCCUGAGGAUGAGGAUUCAGAUGACUACGAUGGAGAAGAAUAUGAUGUAGAAGCACAUGAACAAGGACAGGGGGACAUCCCUACAUUUUACACCUAUGAAGAAGGAUUAUCCCAUCUAACAGCAGAAGGCCAAGCCACAUUGGAGAGAUUAGAAGGAAUGCUCUCUCAGUCUGUGAGCAGCCAGUAUAAUAUGGCUGGGGUGAGGACAGAAGAUUCAAUAAGAGAUUAUGAAGAUGGGAUGGAGGUGGAUACCACACCAACAGUUGCUGGACAGUUUGAAGAUGCAGAUGUUGAUCACUGAAAAUGAUUUAUGCAGGUUUAAGAUUCUGCUCCUAACUGUAGGAGAGAACUUGGUGCCUCUUCCACUCUGGAGUGAAGUUGAUGAAAGUCUUUUUCCUUUUCCACAAUCCAACCUGAACCAGUUCCUUCUUGAGACAGACUAUACUGAGACAAUAAGUUGUCACCAGCAGAAGAUAGAUAAUAUGACCUUUAUUAACUUGAUGAAUUAACUUAACCAAGAGGGUAUUUGUAGUUUAUUAUUUACCCCAAAACUUUCUGUGUCUGGGUACCCUCUGAGUAGGCCUAUAAUUUCUGCCUUGACUGUGUGCAUCUUUUGUAAGCUAGCAGAUUUAUGUGGUGAAAAUGCACAGGAGCUUGGUGUAGGUAGACUGGGUAGGAAAGAGAGAGCUCCUUUUGCCAUGUUUUACCAGUCUGCUCUUAUAAACUCUUAGGUUAUAUCCUUUAAUUUCCAGCCUUUUAGGUUAGUUUCUGUAACAGAGCAAGUGAGUCUUGGAUGAAGUCCUCAAAGUACUUCAAGUGGUAGUUGUUUUGUUUUUGUAAUAGCUUAACAAAUAAACCUAGGUUUUCUAUAUUA